UUCUUUAAAAUCUCGACGAAUCUCUCGACUCGCGGAAUCGAAUCUAGCGAAAAUGACGACGAGUAUUCACAUCACAGCACUGGACGGAAUCGUGAACGUGAACUCACUCUUCACCCUCGCCGUCUUCAUCGGACUCGCCUGGAACCCCUCCGACCCGUCCAACAGCCUCGUGACCGACCCGAACUGCAGCCCGACGGCCCGCAUGGCGGAGAAUCUCGUCGCCUUCCACGUCUACUCCUUCGCCUCCUUUUUAUUCUCCAGCCUCGUCGCCCUCGGCCUCAAGCAAGCCAUGAGGCUCAACAUCGCCGCCUCCUUCCACCGCUUCUCCGAUCGGAUCGAUCCGGUGGUUUAUUAUGUCAACAAGACGGCGCUCAGAUUCGGGAUGGUUAUCUCCGGUUUGGGGUCGGUUUGCGGGUGUGGUUUCCUGAUGUUGGCGUUGAUUAAUGUGGUUCAGAUUAAGCUAGGGAGUUUCGGGUGCGGUGCGAGUGGGCAUACUUAUGCGGCCGUUGUGCCGCUUUUGAUUUUGGUGCCUACUGCGCUGUUUAUCUAUGUUUCGCUUAUGCUUUAUGCUUUUACUCGUUGACGAGUUUUGGUUUUGGUUCGCUAAUGGUUUGAUGAUGCAAAUAGGGAAACAUGUUUUGUAUGGUGAUUUGUUUGAAUGAUGUGAUUGGGAAUGAGAAUGAUGCUUAGAUA